AUGCGUCGACAACAUCGAUCAUCCCCACUGCCGCUCCUAGGCCUGCUAGGAGUCGCAAAGGCCGCACAAGUCGUCUACAUCACCGACCUGGCGAUAUACAACUCCUUGGCACCAUGCGCCCAAACCGCCCUCUCCUACAACGUCCAAGGCCAGACCCGCGACGCCUGUCCCGCCGCAGUCGGGGAACUCCAAGGCUGCGUCUGCACCAAGAACAACAAUUUCGCGGCCAUCAAGUCCGACGUCUCCAAGUCCGUCAACUACUACUGCGGGUCGACGGCUACCGAGGACCAGGCGUCGGCGGCGACGGUGCUCAGCGCGUAUUGCAGCCAGGACAAGCUGCCCGAAUUUCCACAACCGUCGAUUUCGGUGACGCAGUACAUUACUGAUGUGCCGGAGGUGGCUGCGUUGGCGCCUUGUGCGUUUAGUGCGCUUGGUUAUGCUGUCAAGGAAAUGGGACGCGAACGUUGUCCAUCGGACUUAGCAGCCUACGCUACCUGUGCUUGCCAAAAGAACCAGAACUCUCUGCUGGCGAGCCAACUCAUCAACUCAUCGGUCAAGUACUACUGCGAAAGCCACACGGCCGAUGUCUCGUCGGCUCAGGAAAUGUGGUCGGCGUGGUGUAAACUGAACGAUGGCACGUCGGCGUUUCCUAAGCCGAGUAACCCUCCCGGCGAUAUGACGUACUAUAUCAAGGACCUGCCACAGUAUAGCUCAUUGGCUAAAUGCGCUGCUUCGGCCGUAUCUUAUGCUGUUCAAGGGCAAGCUCGUGAGCUGUGUCCUGAUGGGUCCCAGGCACUCGCCUCCUGUGUCUGUCUCAAGGACCAAAUGCUUGGUCUGGUGACAAGUUCCAUCACCGCGAGCGUCAAAUACAGCUGUGGUUCGACAGCAACGGACGAUAUAACAUCUGCAAUGGCUGUCCUGGACUUGUACUGCAGUGCUGCCAACAACAAGCUCGUCGCAAAUGGGGUUACCGCCUCGGUAUCCCAGGCAGACCCAAGCCCAACAGCCCAGAGUGGCAGUAGGGCCAACGGUGGUCCCCAGGCUACUGCCAGCAGCGGUAGUGGUUCCGGAUCUGGCUCCGGCUCUGGUAGCAAUUCCGGCGAUGGCAGUACGGGAGGCGCCAAUAACGGGGGGAGCGGUAGCGGUAAUACAGGCAGAAAAUCUUCCAACACCGCGGUUAUUGCUGGCGCCGUCGUUGGCGUACUCGUUGGACUGGGCAUCAUUGCCGCUCUCAUCUUCUUCUUCAUCCGCAAGUCGAAGCAACGCAAGGCCACGGAGCAGACCAAUUCCCCGAAUCCCAUCAAUGAUUUCGUUGCUGACGGAGGUAAACCCGAACUUGCUGGCAAUCCUGUUGUUGGCGGCGCUGCUGCUGCCGCCGCCGCCCCGCCCUCGCCGCCAAGUCGUUCCACAAGCAUGCUCAAGGACGGAACCAGAGUCAGUAGCGUGUCCCCAGUGUCGGCUGGUGCGGGCGGAUUUCCCCCUCCCCCGUUGACGGCCGAGCUUCAAGGCCAGGGACCUCCGCAUCCGCUUAACAGCACGGAGCUACAGGGCCAAAGGGCACCGCGCCCAUUCAAUGGUGCUGAACUCCAAGGUCAAGGACCGCCGCACCCGCUCAAUAGCACCGAGCUUCACGGGCAGACGCCUGCGUAUUCUCCAAUGCCUAACACUGCCGAAUUGCACGCACCGUAUGGUGUAGCGCAGAACUCAUCGCAACCGAUGACCCAAGGUCCCUCGCCAGUUUCUCCAAUGAACAAUGCCUCAGAGCUCCAGGGGCAAGGGGCGAUUUAUCCAGGCCCGAACCGGCAGGAGUUGCAAGGCCAGGGGGCGCCUCUCCAACACGAGAUGAUGGGACAACAGCGGCCGGCUGAACUGCAGCCGACGGCGUGGCAGUCAGGUCUGGUACCGGGAUUUCAUGAGAUGGAUGGGCAUGGAAGAGGAAGGGCCGGGCAGCCUUGA